AUGGACACUCAGAAGGCAUCCCAACAACAACAAGAGGCAUCGGAGGAAGAUGAUGAUGUGAUUGACCACGCCUUGUACGCUCCUUUAACUGGUGGAAAUGAGCUCUAUAACCGAUGGAAGGCGAAUCAGAGUCAACUACCACCUGAUUUUGGCAAGUUAUUCGAGCCAGAUUUGGAUGAGCAACACCGUGGUGAUCUCUUUGAGGCGGAAGAUGAAGAAGCCCAAGAAAAGUAUGCUUGGGCCGUUCCAGAUGAGAGAGCCUUGCGAAUCUGUGCCCACUUUGCGCCUCUUGUGGAAAUGGGUGCGGGAGCUGGAUACUGGGCACGUUUGUUGCGAGAACGAGGUGUGGCCAUUACAGCCUAUGACAAGGACGUCGAUGUGAAUUGCAAGGCAGCGGGUGUCAGCGCCAGACCCUUUACCAAAGUGGAAAAAGGAGGGCCCGAAACACUGGCUCUGUUUCCCAAUGCCACUCUCCUGUUGAUUUAUCCCAUGAUUAUGAGCAAGGUGACGAAGAGUUGACCUUGUCCAUGGCAGCAUUGCAGCAUUUCCAAGGAGAUACUAUUGUUCAUGUGGGCGAGUGGCUUGGCCGUACAUUGAUUUUAUCAAUGGAGGGACAAGAGAC